AUGGCUUUCAAUAACAAAAGCAAUGAUUUAUCAAACAACUGCUGGUAUAUGGAUGUACAAAAUCAAAAGCAAGUGUAUCCAAUCGAGCCAAAAUCGCAACCAGAACAACAACAAUCACAUCCAAUAAAAAGAAAAAGAUGUCAUGCUAAUAGAAAGUUACAACGCUAUCGUCGAAAACUUCGAAAUCAAGGUAUAGAUUUAUCAGUUCAUAGUAAACUAUCAUCUACAAAUGAAAACAGCCAACAUCAUAAGCAAACAAUAAUUAAUUCAACUAUUAUUGAAGCAACUUGUCCUCCAGUCAAAUCAAUUCAACAGAAAAUAACCAAAAAGAAGAAAUGUAACCAGAAUAAUAGUCAAUUGGAUCCAGUUGAAUUUAUGGGAAAUGAUUUAGUUGAUUAUAAUGCUAUAUCUGAUGAAAUGUUAUAUCAAAGAACAUUAACAGCUUUUAAUCGAUCAGAUAAAUUCAACUCUUAUUUUAUUGGUGAUAAAAAGAUACACUUUAUUCGUCGAUAUAUUCAUUUAAUCGCUCAAAAUAUUUGGCAUGGUCGAAUGUCUAAACCUUCAGCUAUGAAGUAUUCAAUCUGUCAUACUUAUGAUAGAUCCAAAUCUGUUAUUGAACAACGACUUAAAUUGAUUGAAAAACAUUUAAAACAAGCACAAAAUGCAAUUGAAAAGUUUGAACAAGAGAUCAUAACUGAAUGCCAACAGGAUAAUGAUUGUUUAAAUGCAAUGAAAGAAUUAAAUUCAAUUAUAUAUCAAUUAGUACAUGAAAAGCAACAGGUUUUAGAGUGUAACUUUGAAUAUCAAAGAAAAAUGUUAAUUUUCAAUGCAGCUGAUCAUCAAUUACUUCAAAAUUUCUUUGAUAUCCGUCCAAACAACAAGCAUAUAAUCUUAGCAAGACACAUAUGGCAAGCAACAAAGAAUCAACUGACAAUUGAAGAAGAUCUAGCGUUGUUAAAAUAUCGUCAAACAUCAACAGCAUUACAAUCAACAUCUAAUUCAGUUCAUGAAAUAAUUAAUAAUAUUGAUCAAGAUAUACAAAAAUUGAAUGAAACUAUAUCUAUAUUUCCAACAAGUCAUUCAUUAUCAAAUGAAAUCGACAAACUAAUACAAUUGAAGAAUAAAAUUAUUCAUCAGGCGAUUGUUCACAAUGAAAAGAAACUGGAACAUCUCAGCACAAUUAUACAAGCAGAACAGUAUAGGUUUUCAGUGAAGAACAGAUUUAUGGAAAAAAACCCACAAUGGCAUGAACAGGUGUUUGAUGCUAUCGAAACUCGUCGAAAACAUAUGAUUCAACGUGCAAAAUGUAUUCAAAACCAUAAUCUAGUUAAAAUAACGCAAGACAAGUGA